CCGUUCAGCACCACAGACUGCGUGAAGAGAGUUACGAGUCGGCAUUUAACGUCUGAACAGCUACUUGUUUUGGAGUGCUUUUGUUAAAGUGGCAGGGAGUUAAAUGCGUUUGACGCGCCAGGACCAAUUACACCUAAUCUCUGUUUUUUCGCUGUUAUGCUUGUUUUGAGUGAUUUUUCUUAGCGUGACGUGUUGCUGUACGCAUUUUGCUGUUGUUAUUAUUUAAAUAGCAUACUCAAAUGUUUUUUUGCAGACCUGAUUUUAUUGUGGAAUUUCGUUGAUUCUACGCUAAACGUCUUUUUUCAGUCCAACUAACUGAAUUGACUCAAGUUGCAUGCGUUUUUAAGAGAGAAGCGUCGUAAUGAGAGCUCUUUUUGUGCCGCUGCUGCUUCUAUACGCGUCAGGGAGCGGCGGAGCGGCUGGCGCGCGCGGCGCGAAAGGAACCCGCUUCGUGUGCACGGCCGUGCCGGCGGGCACCGACCUCAGUUGCCCGGUGGACACCAGCAGCCGGGUCCAAAGCACUAGUCCGCAGGAGGAAGAGUUGCGGAAUACUAUCAUUCAGCUUCGAGAGACCAUCCUGCAGCAGAAGGAAACUAUCGUCAGUCAGCAGGGCACCAUCAAAGAGCUCAACUCCAAACUCGCGCGCUGCGAGGCGGACGCCGGGUCCCGGGGCAGCGCGCGCAGGAAGGACUACAGUAAAAACACGAUGGGUGAUCUGCCGCGUGACCCCACCGAGACUGUGCAGCAGCUGGGCAAGACCAUGCAGAGCCUCAAAGACCGACUGGAGAACCUGGAGCAGCAGCAGCUGCGUGCCAACACAUCAGGUGGAAUGUUUCCCAACGAGCUGAGAGAGCUGCUGAAGCGCCGUCUGACUGACCUGGAGAGCCAGCUGCUGACCAGAGUGGCCGAACUCGAGGAGGAAAAGAGCCAGCUGUACAACGAGACAGCCACUCACCGUCAGCGCACCGAGAACACCCUCAGCUCACUGCUGGAGAGGAUCACCGAGCUGGAGAAUAGUAACAAUGCAUUCAAAUCUCCAGAGGACUUUAAGGUGUCUCUGCCUCUGCGCACAAACUACCUGUACGGCCGCAUCAAGAAGAGUCUGCCAGAGAUGUACGCCUUCACUGUGUGCAUGUGGCUCAAGUCCAGCGCCAGUCCUGGAAUCGGGACCCCAUUCUCUUACGGCGCCCCGGGACAAGCCAAUGAGAUUGUGCUGAUAGAGUGGGGAAACAGCCCCAUGGAGCUCCUCGUCAAUGAUAAGGUAGCUCAGCUUCCUCUCUCCGUGAGUGACGGCCGCUGGCAUCACAUCUGCAUCACCUGGACAACCAGAGACGGCUUCUGGGAGGCCUAUCAGGAUGGAGAGAGACUAGGGACUGGAGAGAAUUUGGCCCCCUGGCACCCAAUUAAACCUGGAGGAGUCAUUAUCCUGGGCCAAGAACAGGACAUUGUAGGUGGGAGAUUUGAUGCCACUCAAGCUUUCGUAGGAGAGUUAAGCCACUUCAACAUGUGGGACAGAGUCCUGCGUCCUAUAGACAUCUCCGCUAUGGCCAACUGCUCAGCCUACAUGCCUGGCAACGUGGUGCCGUGGGUCGAUGCCAACGUGGAGGUAUUUGGCGGUGCCACAAAAGCAGCACUGGAGAUUUGUGAAGACCGUCUCUUUGAUUCCUAAGGACACGUCUGUCAGGCUGGAAGCGUUCUCGUUAUAGAGGUAACCCACGUCCCAAUACUGCACUGGGAACUUACAGAGACAGUUCAAAAGAAACACACGUUUACAUGUUUUCACAUGAUGGAUUAUCUCGUCCUCAGUUCUUCUUUAUGUUUGUUGAGGCUUUGCUGUCAGCCUGACCAAUAACUAAAAUGACUGUGAUUAAUUAGAAAAGAAAAAAAAAUCUGUCUACACAUUCAAGGUCAGAAUAGAGUAUUUGCGGCUCUGGAUGAAGCAAAACUUUCUUGUUGAUAUUAUAUAUGCUUUUCUCCUUGUUGUGUCCUUCAGAAACUUCAAACUCUAAGAACUGCAGUAAAAGAUUAGCCGUUUGCGCUUUAAGCUUUUGUCAUGUUGCGUAUAGGCCGAUGCCCUUCAAACCCCUGAACAAAUUCAACUGCAUAGUUUCAACAUGAGCUUCAUUAAGCAUUAACGAAUGAGCUAGUCUGUGACGCUGCACAUAUGGAGAGGAACUCAGACGGAAGUGUCUUUAUGUCUGUGUCUGUGAUCCAGAGAUUAGUGGAGGGCUUCUUCUUUAAUAUCGCUAUCCCUCAGCAGCUGCCGAGCAGAUCUGACAUCCAGAAACCUUAAAGUAGCAAAGCUGCCAUGGACUGACCUGCAGCUCUCAGAAGCCCCCCAGGGGAAAGUCUGGCGACGGGACGGGACGGGAUAAAGCUAGUAUGAUUUCAUUCAGUUUGUGAAUCCCAAAAUUGUGGUGUCUUUGAAACGUGGAUUUUGACAUGUGCAGAACAUGGUGUUAUGAGAUUAACUGUGAGAACUCGACCGGGAAUGUGUGCUAUACUUUUUUAAUAAUGUUUUAUUGAAACAAACAAAAAAUAUUUUUCGUUGAGAUGAAACAGAGACAUUGAUAGGCACUAAUGAGGUCGACAGCGCUUGCACUUAUUUAAAGUGCAGUGUCAGGAAGUUUGAUUUAUCUGUCAGUUUGAUGCUACAAAUGAGUGAAUCUCACAAAAUCUGUCAAGAAUAUGCCCAGGUCA